CAGAACCGGAAGAGUGCUGUUAGCAUUCGGCUAAAAACACAGGCAGCUCCACUGGAAGAUUGAUCAAAAAUCAUCUCAAUCGGACUCUCUGAUCGAUUACAGGUGAAUGAUCGAGGAUCAGCGCGCGACUGCAGACUCGCGUCGAUUGGAAAACACGCGAUGGAUCACAAUAAAAUGGUUGCUGGAAAAGUGAAGAAACCCGGCAAACGUGGCCGCAAACCUGCCAAGAUCGACCUGAAGGCCAAGCUGGAGCGAAGCCGGCAGAGCGCCAGAGAGUGUCGCGCCAGAAAGAAGCUGCGCUACCAGUAUCUGGAGGAGCUGGUGUCCAGUAAGGAGAGAGCCAUCUGUGCGCUGCGAGAGGAGCUGGACAUGUACAAACAGUGGUGUCUGGCCAUGGACCAGGGCAAGAUCCCGUCCGAAAUCAAAGCCCUCCUGACCGGAGACGAGCAGAAAGCGCUGCAGAGCUCCAGCAACAAGAUCCCCAAGAACGGCAAGUACGGCUCCAGCGGAAACGGCCAGAACAAGACGUCUUAGACGGAUCCGGAGCGAGUGCGUUUGGAUGUGAACAGUGUUGAUUCACAGUGUUUAUCUGUCGUUUUGUAGUAAUGGGACGUUUAAAAUAAGUUUUUCUGUUUGCAUUCACAAUAAUAUGACCAUUCAAACAUUAGAGUUAUUCCUGUCGAUUUGCGGACGUGGUUCACAUCCAGGUUUUGUGUUGAUGUGUGAGCGUUCUGUGUGACUCAUAAACAUUUCCUCCUCAUUUAUAUAUUUAUUUUGGAACCCCUUCUGGUACCAGAUCAUUUGUGAUGAAGGAUUCAGCGCUCGCGAGUCCAAAAAAUUAAGCUAAUUGUGCCUUUUUAUCUCACAUUUCUGAGUUUACAUGUCACAAUUCAGACUUUUUUUCUUUUAAUCCUGAGAUAUUAACUCAAAAUUGCAAGCUUAUAACUUAGCUACUCGGUUCAUAACCAAGUUACUUGAAAUUCUGAGAAGAAACUGAAAAAUUGUACGAUACUGAUUAAAAAGUCAGAAUUAUUAAAUAAAAAGUAGCAAUUUUCU